GAUGGGCGCGGCAGCGCGGAGUCCCCGAGGACGAGGCCUGCUCUGGCUGCUGCUGCUGCUGCCCGCGGCCGCCCCCGAGCCGCCGGGGUCCCCGCCCUCCGCGCCGACCCCCGAGGCGCAGCGGUUGGCCCCUGGAGCCGCAGGCGGGGGGAUCUCCACAGUGUGCGGGCGGCCCAAGGUGACAGGGAAGAUCUAUGGCGGCCAGGACGUGGUGGCUGGCCAGUGGCCGUGGCAGGCCAGCCUGCGGUACCAGGGCUCGCACAUCUGCGGAGGUGCCCUCAUCGACUCCCACUGGCUGCUUUCCACUGCCCACUGCUUUGUCAACCCCUGGGCCUGUGCCCUAGCACAGACGUGCCCCAGGAGAUGGGCAGUGUCUGUGCUGAGCGCCAUGCGGUGUGGACCAGCCUCAAGCCACAGCUUCUCCUCAAUGUCACCGCAUUCCUGGGCGUCAGACUCCAGCAAAUCCCGGGCGCCAGAGGACUACCAGGUUCUGCUGGGAAGCACCCAGCUGUACCAGCAAACCCAGCACACCCGGAAGGUGUCUGUGAGCCGGAUUAUCGUGCACCCAGACUUUGAGAAGUUUCACCCCUUCGGGAGUGACAUAGCCAUGUUGCAGCUGCUCCUGCCUGUGAACUUCACUUCCUCCAUUGCCCCCGUCUGCCUCCCAGCCCCUGGCAUGCAGCCGCCCAGUCGCUCAUCCUGCUGGAUAACUGGCUGGGGGAUGCUCAGUGAAGACACGCCUCUGCGGUGGCCCUUCCAUCUCCAGGAGGGUAAGGUGGGCCUCAUCGAGAACAAGUUCUGUAAUAUCUUAUAUGGACAAAGACUGGACAAAGGCGAGGCCCCCCCAGUGCAUGACGAGAUGCUGUGUGCCGGGGACUUCUCGACAGGAACGGCCAUCUGCCGGGGCGACUCCGGGGGGCCGCUGGUCUGCGACCUCCCUGAUGCCUGGGUUCUGGUGGGGCUGGCCAGCUGGGGCCUGGACUGCUGGCACCCCGUCUACCCCAGCGUCUUCACCAGCGUCGCCCACUUCGCCAGCUGGAUCGCCGACACCCAGAGACGCACCCCGCCCCCGGACCGAUCACUGAUCCCUCCGCCGACCCCGCUUCCGCGCCAGCCCUUGCGGGCGGCUGGCCCCCCCGGGCCCCGCGCAGCGCCCCGGCCACCGCGCGCCUGGCUCCCGCUGCUGUUUGCACUUGGGGCCCCGAGGCUGGCCCCGCAGUGACCUGCCCGACCCCUCUGCCCCUGCUUUCUGCCGCAGGCCCCAGGCUCCUCUCUAGAACCUUCCACGCCUCCCCUCUCCCAGCCCCACCACUCUCAGCGUCCCUUCUUCUUGGCUUUCCUCUCCAUCAGCUACUACCCCCAAAACCAGCCUGGAAAAACAAAAUAAAGCAAAUAAAAGACUCA